UGAUGUACACAUACACAUUUCCAUUUCGAGAACAAGGCAAGCAGGUGACCAGGAAUCAUGUUCGGCUUUAAACUGUCUGUGUUGUUCUUCGCUGUAGUGUCGCUGAGUAAAUGCAGCGCUAGGUCUGGUUACUCCUGUAAGUUUCCACCUUCACAGUGGUGCGACUCUGCAGACAUUGCAGCUGAAUGUGGGGUGCUGGAACAAUGCGCGAAGUUUAAUGUCACAAAGCCCAACGCUGACAAAGUGAAUGUGAGCCUGUACUAUGAGUCUUUGUGUCCUGGAUGCAGAAAUUUUCUUGUAUUUCAGCUCGUGCCAACCUUCUUGAUGUUGUCAGACAUCAUGAACAUUGAGCUGGUUCCAUAUGGAAAUGCACAGGAGAAAGAAGAUCAGGGGAAGUACACCUACGUCUGUCAGCACGGAGAGGAUGAAUGUCUUGGUAACAUGAUUGAGACCUGCCUGAUGAAUAAACUAGGCUUGAAAGCUUUUAUAGUCAUUUUUUGCAUGGAGUCAGGAGUAGAUGUGCUGAAAGCUGCCCAGCCUUGUCUUGGACUCUAUUUUCCUGAAGUAACAUGGGAUUCAGUCAUGGAGUGUGUGAAGGGAGACCAGGGCAAUAAAUUAAUGCAUGAAAAUGCAGUAAAAACAAAUGCUCUGAAGCCCCCUCAUCAGUAUGUGCCUUGGAUAACCAUUAAUGGAGAACACACAGACGACCUUCAGGAUAAAGCAAUGAAUUCUCUCUUCAGUCUUGUGUGCAGUUUGUACAAGGGUGAUAAACCACCUGCUUGUGGUCAAGGGUUGAAGAAGACACCCAGCAGUUACUGCAUGAAGUGAUCAUUCAAAUCUGAUAACAACACUACUCAUGUCAGGAAUGGAGACUGUGUAUAAAACACAAGUGAAUACAUGCUGAAAAUGAUGUAUUUGCAUAUUUUUUUUUUAUUUGAAUAACUGUUGUUUUAUGCCUAUAUGUACAUGAAAGUGUGAUUUUGAACAUUGGUUUUGUGCUGCUGACUACAAUCGUUGACCUUAUUUUUAUACAGUCACGUUUUAAACCAUUUUGUAUGCAUGCAUAAAAUUAAAAAAUAAAUUUCCAUCACAUUAAA